GACUUGGAGAGAGAGAGAGAGAGGCAAAGUGAGAGAGGGGGGGGGCAGGAAGGAGAGCAGGAUCUGGAAGACGCUGACAAAUCAGCCUCCCACCUCCUCCACCUCUAGUUUAAGAUUCCAGGCUUGACUCGCAGCCCGUAGCUCAUUAGUUUCACUUCAAAAUGGCCGUCUUCCUAAUGUUGUAAUUGCGAACAUGUGGGGGAACUUCAUUAUGCGGAUGUGGAGAUGUUCAUACUACAAGAACUGGUUGCUGCAGUAUGAUUUGCCCCGUCUGCCCUUUGAUAUAACAGCGCACCAUCAAAAUCACAUACAAAGUACCUUACCAUGAUUUUGGAGUUGAAGCGUUUACCCUCAUCUUUGAUGUAGUCAAAUUAGAACCUGCCCUUGUGCUAGGCACUCUGCUGAGAUUAAUUAAGUAGGCUAAUUACCAUACUAGGCGUGUGGCAGCGAAUGAGGGCUUGAAUGUGAAAUAUCCUCCCCCAUUUCACUCUGAAUAUUAACUGUGACACCCCGAGGGACUGCCAAAAUCUCAGUGGCACCAAGAAAAGUGGAACUCAAGAGUGAGAGACUUCGCUGCUUGCUGUCAGAGGAGUGACUUCAUGUCAUGUUAUCACGAGAAUCGAACUUUCCAUCGAGAAUCGGAUCAUACAAAGAGCCCACAGAGGUUGGGCGACCAGUUCUAUAAGGAGGCCAUUGAGCAGUGCCGCAGCUACAAUGCCCGCCUGUGUGCCGAACGCAGCGUCCGCCUGCCAUUCCUGGACUCACAAACCGGUGUCGCCCAGAACAACUGCUACAUCUGGAUGGAGCGGCACCACCGUAGCCCAGGGGUUUCAGCUGGACAGAUGUACACGUACCCCGCCCGCUGCUGGAGAAAGAAAAGACGGCUGCACAACACCACGGAUCCCCGCCUGGGCAUCUACGGCCUGCAGCUCGACGGAGGCCUCAUGUCCAAGGACACCUUGCCGGCUCAGAGCACCACACUGGAGGCUCUGCUGCGAGGAGAGGGUCUAGACAAGAGGAACGCUAAGAACGACGAGGAGAGUCUGCUGGAGAUCCAGAGGGUUCUUGAAGCCGAUGCAGCAGAAGACGCUUUCAACGAUGAUGAUGACUUCGAGGUGGACACUCCCAAGAGGAGACAUCGGGGCAAAGGAAGAGGCCGGGGUUCAGGCCGCAGGAGGACAGAUCUGAAUAAUGACAAGCCAUACGUCUGUGACAACAGAUACAAACAAAAGCAGAACUCAAAAUCUUCGACCUCAGUCUGUGCAAAGCGCUACAGGAACCGUACGGGACUAAGUUACCACUACACCCAUUCCCACCUGGCGGAGGAGAACAGAGCUGGAGAGAGGAACACGGUGGCGUCCAGAUCCCCCUCUGCACCACAGGCCGACAGACACAAACGUCCAAAGGGUCCAAGUGGGACCAGCAUUCCCAGCAACUACUGUAAUAAAUGCCAGGGUUCAAACAAGAAAACGGGUAAAUCUGGGCCGGCCUGCUCAUCCUGCCGAUGUACAACCGUCGGCGGAGAAGAGAAGGAAGACGGGGCUUUCACCGGAGCCGAGGAGCUGUUCGGCACCACCUCGGAGAGCGACACUUCCACCUUUCAUGGCUUUGAAGACGACGAGCUGGAGGAGCCCGCCACAAACAGCAAUGGAAUAUCCAAUCGACACAGAUAGAGCGAACCUCUAAGAUUUCAAGAAGAGACAAUGUUUUUUUUUAAAAUAUAUAUAUAUAUAUAUAUAUGGAUGGAUUAACCUCUGGCAAAAAUUUGCUGCUUCUUUUUCAAUGUUUUUUUGUUUGCAGAAAGCACAAAGUGAUAAUUUCAGGACAGAAAUGCAAGUGGUAUUUUAUCUACUGAACAUUGUUGAAUAAUUUAUGAACUUCUUUUUUAUAUAUAUAAAUAUAUAUAUAUAUAUAUAUAUAUAUAUAUAUAUAUUAACUUUCAAGGCAAGGAACGACUCAGUGUUUGUUGACAAGUGACUUGGCCUUCAUGUAAAACAGAAGAUGUUUUUGGAGUCGUCCCCCCCCCCCCCCCUCACUGGAGCAGAAGGAAAAUGAAUAUAAUGAACAAAAAAACACUGGAGAAAAAUCUGAAAAAUUGAACAACCGAAGAAUCUGAAGACAUGAACAAAUUUUGGGGGGUUGAUUGAAUGUCACUGCAGACCCAUACUUGAGCUACUAGAUGUUUUUGAAUCUAUAGUGGCUGUUACAAUGAAGGCCUCCUCUUCCUCCUCAAACUUUGGAUUAAACUUGUUUUUCAAAAUGAAGGAACCAAUGAAUGGACUGCCACUGGAAAUGUUUGGAUGAAGAAGUCUACGAAUAGUCUUUACAAAUAUGGUGGAGUUUUUAAAAAAAAAAAGAAAGAAAGGUAAGCAACAGGUCCUUCUCUCAUUUAGGAACGUUGACUGUUCACACUGCUAAUGCAUGAAGUGAUGUCACAAUAUAAAUUGCAGAUAUUGUCAAUGUAAACUCGAUUCAGACUAAAUACAUUGUUGUUAAUUUUAUAAUCCAGCACAUUUGGCGUAAUCUGGGUUUGCAAAAUGGAAUAAUCACCCUGUCUGUCAGUUUGUCCACCUGCGUCAGAUUCAAAUGUAACUAUUGGAUGGAGUUUAGAGGAAUUUGUUGCAGACAGUCAUGGGCCCCAGAGGAUGAACCCUAAUGAGUUUGGUGAUUGCCUGUCUUUUCCUCAUGCACCACAUACAGGUCGAACAUUUCAGUUCUUUCCAAGCUGCAAAACUAACGACAGUCAAAGUGUUCAGUGCUCAUUGGCAAAUGUUGGCAUGCUUACAAACACGAGGAGCAGUGAUCCUGCUAAACAUCAGCGUGUUAGCAUGCUCACAUUAGAUUAUAGUGUUUGCUUUUGAUCAAAUGAAUUAACGUGUGAGUCUAACCCAUGUUGUGUUUGUGUGUGUGUGUGUGUUUAUAUAGGAGCACUCAGCACAUUGGCCCAGAGUCGGGGGGGUGACCAGUGAAGAAGAGGAUUUAACCCUCAAACUAAUGAGCCUUCGGGUCCCUCCGGGUUUGGGCCUAAAAUAAGCAACUGAAGCGGAUGAAUAGACGUCCACCGAUUCUUACCGGCCACACGGCCCUAAUUGAAGCAACUGCUCCCCGACGAUGUGUAUCGAUCCCCUCUGAACAUUUGAUAUGUGACUACAUCCAGCUUCGUUUUGAUCCUCCCUGCACUGUGCUGGAGCUCCACUGAACUAUGGGAACACUAAAGACCAGGUCUUCGGACUGCGUUGUGCCCGACGGGUGGGUUGGGGAGCCCCCGCGGCCCGGCCCGCCCACUCCUGCUCUGUGACUGUGUGUCUGCUGUGUGAUCCGAUGUGACACUAAGACGUCAUUAUCCUCAUCACUGUGCCAGCCUGCCGCACUGCACUGGAAACCAGCUCUGACAGCCAUGAACCCUCCAACCUGAUUGGACCAGUGACCCUCUGACCCCCCCAGCCAUAGAGAUGGUGCUCGAAUCCACCACUAUUACACGCAGACCUCUGGACUACUGUAUUAAUACUCUGACAUGGACACAAAGGUUUUCUGCUUCUGUCCCUCUGUCUGUUUUUUGCUAUAUCUCUUAUGCCUCUCUCAUCUCUAAUCAUUGGGCUCCUUUCUUCUUUCUUCUUUUAUUUUAUUUUUUUGCAUAUUUUCUCUGUUGUACAAUAUUUCUAUGUUUUGAACUCUUUUCAAGUUUAAUUAGUGUGACUUCUUGGGUUUGUUCAGACUGUAUUGAUACCUCUGUCCUGAUCAGGUGCACAAUAGCCACAACUACUCAGGCAUCUUUCGUUUCCUCUGCUGUUGAUUGUUCAGCCAUUCAGCCCUGAUUCAUGUGAUUGUAUUCAGUUUGGUGAGGAGGGAACAGUGACGCCACACAAGGAUCCCGUUAUAAUCAACUUCCGGGAGGCAUUGGGGGACGCCGCAGUCUCGCGACAUAGGAAAAAUAACAAGCUUCGACUUUACGUCGUCUGUGUGGAAUUUUACCCCGGUGUCACUUACCAUCGCCUCUUUGUUUAAAAUCUGCAGCCUCAGUCGAUUUUUGUGUGAACCUCAUCGCCGAUGCAUUUGAAAACAAUAGUGUUGCUACGGAUACAUAACUUCUCAGAUCCACACGCUUGGUGAGAAGUGAAAACUGUAAAAAUCCAAGUUGCGUGACAUUUCCGUUGAGUGCUUUACGGGGCCCAGUUGCUGUAUGACAUUUAGCAGGUGCUUGAAGUACUGUAAAAAGCCUUGUAGGUCCAUAGGUUGCACCCGCUGCAUAAGAGGUCCACAUCCUUCCAUGUAAUUAUUGUGUCACUGCAAGGUAACAAUAGCUGCUCCAUUUUUUUAAGCUUCUCAUUAAUCCUAUGUGUCUGUUAAUGGCUCGCUUGUGCGUUCAAACCAACUCUCUCCACUUCCCUCAGGGACCCUCCACAUAGCAGUUCAUCUCCUCUGGACAAACCGCGGAUGUGAGACCCGUCAGUUUUCACGUCUUCUUGUAUCAGUUAUGUGGUGUGUCCACAGUAAAAAAUUAAAAAGUGUCUUCUAAAGUCUAAAUGAAAGCAUGUUUCAUCAGUCAUAACCUGCUCAAUGUUACCAACCGUGUGCAAACAGGGCCCUGUGUGGUGCAGUUCUGAACAAAAGGAGACGCUCCCAAAUGCAAACGUCAGUGAUGUCCGAUUCAAACGGCGUGUCACCAAUCAUUGAAUAGCCUGUAUACCUCGUCAAAGACACAGCAAUAGGCCCUGGGACUCUCUUUUUCAAACCUGCCAGGGUGGAGAGGGACGAUCAGGCCGGGAAACGGAGCCAAGAGGAGAUGAAAUGGACAUGAUUGGGCAUUUGUCUCAUCUUCAGCUAUAAAUACAAGUCGAAAUGGAGAGAAUGAAGAAGUCUUCGUUUGUUUAACUAUUUUUAUUGUUCUGGAAAAAAAAUAAAGGAAAAUAAUAGAGGAUGAA